AUGGAAACACGUAAUGGAGACGGCGAAUCGUCCAGCUCGGAGAAAAAACUCAUCCGGCUAUUCGGGUUCGAGAUCGAUCCACGUCAAACUAAUGAACAAAGAGGGUUUGCAGAAGGGCAUGAGAGUGUGGAUUUUGAGGCACAACAAAGCAAGAAGAAAUUUGAAUGCCAAUAUUGUUCAAAGGUGUUUGAAAAUUCACAGGCAUUCGGGGGUCAUCAAAAUGCCCAUAAAAAAGAAAGAAUGAGAAAAAAGAAGCAGCAGCUUCAACCAAGAAAGUUUUACAUGCAGCCUGAUCAAAUCAACUUGUACUAUGAGCAUUCUUCUGCUGCCGCUGCUGGUGGUGGUGCUUCUGAUCAAUUUGCAUUUUAUGAUGAUCAGUCUCAAAUCAGAUGUGAUCAAUAUGCAGAUCAGAUCAAUGGUCAACAAGUUUACACGGACCCACACGCACCAUUUUGA